AUUAAGACUGAUGUCACGAAGCGCCCUAUCGAUCAGGCUAUCAAGCAGGUUCGUGUCUUCAUCGGUCAUCCUGUACAUGACCGCCUCAAGUUCGACCCUAACCACAGUGGUGCCUAUGCUAGAUGGCGUGUUGCCUUUGCUGAUGCGAUCGAGCGCGUGCCAUGCUCUCGACAAGUUGCUACGGAGGCAGUUCUGGCAUGUCUACCAGAGCCUGUCAAAGGCACUGUCGAACGAAGUGUUCACCCAAGUGACAUCGAGAAGUUUGGUCACGUCAUCAUCAUCUAUGCCUUGGACCAUACCUAUCUGACGAAGCUCGAGUUGCGUAGUGUCUCCGCUGCGUGGGAGAGAAUCUGCCAACAACCCAAUGAGUCUGUCCGUCAAUAUGCUACGAGGUUUGAGCACUGUGCACAUGUAUACACAGCUCUCUACUAUACUCAUGGUCUUUCUGCCCGUGACAUCACCACCAAAUUCUCUGACGGUCUCCGUGGUGCCCGUGAAGUUCUGGGAAGAUGUCUAAUUGACCCCCAAUGCCAGCUUGGCUAUGAAGCUUACAAGCUUGCACUCUUCGCCUUUCUCGACAACGGCACACCCCUGCCCGAUGAUCUAACGGCAAUGACGCCCGGUCAGUCACGGUCUCAAGGUUCGGGUAAAGGUGGCCUCAAGAAGGUCGAUCAUUCUCAGAUCAUCUCCAUCUGUGCACUAGCUACCAAAGAGCUUGGUAUACCGCCUGAUAACUGCCUACGCUGCGGGUUGCCUUCACAUCAGGCCAACUCAUGUCGUCAUACUCAAAUCUUCAAGCAGAAGGAGCGUUGUGACAG